AAUCAGAUAAAUAGAGCCAUAGCAAAGUGGGACACAUAACCACACUCUGCAAAGCAGGGAGAAAAAAGAAUUCAACCCAAAUUAUGGAGCUGCCUGGUGCCGUAAGCCUCUUCCUUGUCAUCUAUACCUUUGUUCUUGUUAUCUUGACAGUUAUGCGGGACCUCUCACGGAGGAAGACGCUCCCCCCUGGCCCAACUCCUUUGCCUUUCCUUGGGAAUAUCAUGCAGAUCAAGUCAACAGAACUUUUAAAAUCCCUUCUCAAGCUGCAUGAAAAAUAUGGCCCCGUGUUCACUGUUCAUUUUGGACCUCGUCCUGUUGUGGUCUUAUGUGGACACAAAGCCGUGAAGGAGGCCCUGGUUGACAAAGCAGAAGAAUUCAGCGGAAGGGUUACCAAUGCUACUGUGGAUGACACCUUCCAAGGAUAUGGGGUAAUCUUUUCCAAUGGGGAACGCUGGAAACAAUUGCGCCGGUUUUCUCUUACUAUCAUGAGGAAUUUUGGCAUGGGGAAAAAAACCAUUGAAGAACGGAUUAAAGAGGAAUCCCAGUUUCUGCUGCAAGAAUUUAGAAAGACAAAUGAGAAGCCCUUCAACCCCACCUUCUUCCUCAGCCGUGCUGUCUCCAACGUCGUCAGCUCCAUCCUCUUUGGUAGCCGCUUUGACUAUGAAGAUAAACUUUUUCAGAACCUCAUGCAGUCAUCGAACGACAUCUUCCGCUUGAUGAGCACACCCUCUGGCCAGAGGUAUGAUGUCUAUUACAGCUUCCUGAAGUAUUUUCGAGGAACCCAGACCAAGAUCAAUGAACUUCUAAAACAGGUUAAAGAUGUCAUUGCAGAUCUAGUAAAGCUGAACCAGGAGACGCUUGAUCUCAACAACCCACGGAACUAUAUUGAUUGUUUUCUCAUCCAGAUGGAAAAGGAAAAAGACAACCCAGACAGUGAAUUUACCAUCAGAAACUUGGAGCUCAGUGUCCUUAUUCUUCUCUUUGCUGGGACAGAGACAGUCAGCAGCACCUUAAGAUAUGGGUUUCUGUUUCUGAUGAAAUAUCCUGAAGUUCAAGCAAAAAUGCACGAGGAAAUUGACCGAGUGAUUGGCCAGGACCGCCCCCCAAACAUUGGAGACCGGACCCUGUUGCCGUAUGUGGACGCCGUUGUCCAUGAAGUACAGAGGUUCAGUGACCUCAUCCCCCUGGAUCUGCCCCACAUGGUUAUGCGUGACACAGAAUUCAGAGGCUACAUGAUUCCCAAGGGGACAGAAGUCUACCCCCUCCUCAACACAGUCCUGUUUGAUCCCACAAUGUUUAAAACCCCCUAUGCCUUUAACCCAGAGCAUUUCCUGGAUGAGAACGGGCGCUUCAAGAAGAGCGAUGCUUUUGUGCCAUUCUCUUCAGGGAAGCGGGUUUGUCUGGGCGAAACCUUGGCCCGCAUGGAGCUUUUCAUCUUUUUGGCCACCAUCCUGCAGAAAUUUGAGCUGAAGCCCCUCGUGGCCCCCAAGGAUAUUGACCUGACUCCCCAUGAGGUUGGAUUUGGCAGAAUCCCACCUUACUACCAGCUCUGCAUGAUCUCACGCUGACCUGAAGAUCCCACCUGUAGUAUUAUUUGCACUUGCUUUGCACCUGACCUUUGUAUGGGGAAGGUAGAGCUCUAUUUCUUUUUCCUGACUCUCUUGCAGCACAUUAUAAUGAUGGCGACCAGAUACAGUUUUUGCCCAAUUAUGGCUUCUUGAACUGGCAUGCAGUUGUAAUCCCAGGCAUGGAAAAGAUACUAUUGAUCUACUGCAUCUUAUCCUGUCCCAGGAUUUUGACACCUCUUGACUUUUCUCUCUCUUUCCAUUUGUGUGUGUUAUACAGUGACACCUUGACUUAAGAGUUUAAUUCGUUCUGUGACCGAGCUCAACUCAAAAUGCUUUUAUCUCAAAGUGAAUUCUGCCACUGAAAUGCAUUGAAAUGCUUUUAAUUCAUUCCGGGACUCCAAAACCAAUCCAUCCCGUCAUUUUUUGUUACAUGUUUUAAAUACAGUAAUUGAACUUGGGACCCCAUGGGCACUCGCGGGGCCCAUCCUCGACCGGUUUACCUCUCUGGAUGCGGAGGCUGUCGAUAAGAUCAUGACUGCAACUAGGCCGACCACCUGCUCCCUCGAUCCGUGUCCCUCCUGGCUAGUAAAAUCUUGCCUGGAGGGAUUACGUGGACCUCUGUUGAAUAUAAUAAAUAGCUCCCUUGAGCAAGGAGUUUUUCCAGAGGGCUUAAAAGAGGCGAUGGUAUCUCCGCUGCUGAAGAAACCAGAUUUAGAUCGUUCGGUUCCCGCUAGCUACCGCCCAGUCUCGAACCUUCCGUUUCUGGGCAAGGUGGUUGAGAGGGCAGCAGCGGAACAGUUGCAGCAGUUCCUCAAUGACACAGCCGGACUUGAUCCCUUCCAGUCCGGCUUCCGUAGGGGGAACGGGACAGAGACUGUGCUAGUUGCCAUCACAGAUCAGCUUCGCUGCCAAAGGUAUCAAGGUGGAUCAGUGCUGCUCGUGUUAUUGGAUCUCACAGCAGCAUUUGAUACGGUCGAUCACAAUCUAUUGACUCACCGCCUAGCCAUGAUGGGGUUUAGGGGGGCUCCCCUUAAAUGGGUGUCCUCCUUCCUCCAGAAUCAGGGACAGCGGGUGGUGAGGGGAGGGAUGGUUUCCGCGUGGUCUCCGCUAACUUGUGGGGUCCCGCAGGGAGCUAUUCUCUCUCCUCUAUUAUUUAACAUCUAUAUGCGACCGCUUGCCCGACUGGGCUUGAGUGCCACUAGUACGCUAAUGACACUCAGCUCAUUCUGAGGAUGGAGGGCCGGCCGGACUCCGUACCCGAUAGUUUCCAUCAGUGCCUUGAGGCCGUUACUGGAUGGUUGCGUGCCAGCAGGUUGAGGGUGAAUCCAGCAAAGACGGAGAUCCUUUGGCUGGGCCGUCCGGGUGGGAGGGAGAUCCAGCUGCCUACCCUGGAUGGUGAGACACUACGUCUGUCAUCUUCUGUAAAAAGUCUUGGUGUCUUAUUGGACCCUCUGCUCACAAUGGAGGCCCAGGUCUCUGCUGUGAGCAGAUCUGCGUUUUUCCAUCUACGUCAGGCUAGGCGACUGGCUCCCUACCUAUCUAGGAACGGCCUGGUUACAGUGAUCCAGGCGACGGUUAUCUCGAGGCUCGACUACUAUAAUGCCCUCUACAUUGGCCUUCCUCUGUCAGUGAUCCGGAAACUGAAGCUGGUGCAAAAUGCGCAACAGCUGCACUGGCUACCUAUUGAGUACUGGAUUACUUUUAAGAUACUGGUUCUAACCUUUAAGGCCUUACAUGGUUUGGGGCUGGCUUACCUGAGGGCCCGCUUAUCCCCCCUACCAACCCCAGAAAUUACUUCGGUCCGAAGACCAAAAUUUGCUUGAGGUCCCUAACAUACGGACUUAUCAUUUGUCUUCUAACUAGGCAGAGAGCCUUCUCGAUUGUAGCCCCUUAUUUAUGGAAUGCCUUGCCAGUUGAAACUCGAACUAUCUGAGACCUACUUGCCUUUCGGAAAGCCUGCAAAACCUUGCUCUUCCAACAAGCUUUCGAUGGGUGAAAAACAAGGGGCUAUGUCUGUUUUUAUUGUGGUUUUUAUUGUUGUUUUUAUUGUUUCUAUUGUUAUUUUAAAGCUAAGUGUAUUGUUUUAAUCUAUUUCUGUAAACCGCUCUGAGCCAAAUUGGGAGUAGCAGUAUACAAAUCUAAUAAAUAAAUAAAUAAAUAAAUAAAUAAAAUAAGAAAAUGUACUUUAUGAAUAACAAAUAAUGUGUAAAUGCACAUUCAUAUGGAAUAAUAAAAAAGAAAGAUCAACUUUAAAAUGGUAGAAGCACAAAGUUGUGGCAAGGAAAUAUGAAGCACAAAGUGAAGCCUCCCUGUCUCUCUUGUUCUCUCUCUUUCUCUGUCAUCACGACGCCAAGUGUACCAUGAAUAAAAACCACACAAAAUCAA